CUGCUCUCAUCACACAGCUCGGGGCAGCGUCGUCACGGAUACGAACGCUUCUCCCUCACUGCUCCGCUUCCUGCCGCUGCUGCUGCCGCCGCCGAUGCUGCUGCUGCUGCUGGUCAAUAAUUCAUCGUCAGCCGACAGGUCCAAGUGUGGCGGAGGUGGUGCUGCUCGUCACUCCUGCGGCGUGCGCGCUGGCAGCAGAUCCGGGGGAGGCUGCAGAGCACCCACACCCACACCCACACCCACCGAAGCCACACAGGACUUUCUCCCCCUCCUCCCUGCCUCCCUCUCUCCCUCCCUCCCUUCCUAUCUCUGUCACCCAUCCUCUGCGUCUCACGCCGUCCCCGUCCUCAGCUCCAUCACAAGCGCUGGGGGUCUCAGGCGAGCUGGACGUCGCCUCUCACCGAGCCUCUGAGGACAGACUUCAUGAAGCCCACCCGCAUGGCUCCCGGCGCCUCCCGUCCAGGGACGCCGGCGCUCGGGCCGGGGCGGAUGGCGUGCGCGCUGCUCGUGUGCCUGUGUCUGUGGCUGCCGAGGGAAUCCGACGCCAGGAGGGCCCCCAAGGUCCCCCGCUGCCCCGCGACGUGCUCCUGCACCAAAGACAGUGCCUUCUGCGUGGACACCAAGGCGAUCCCCAAGAGCUUCCCCCCGGGGAUCAUCUCUCUGACGAUGGUGAACACGGGCUUCACUACGAUCCCAGAGGGGGCCUUCUCGCACCUUCACCUGCUGCAGUUCCUGCUCCUAAACUCCAAUACAUUCACUACAAUAGCUGAUGAUGCCUUCGCUGGUCUGUCUCACCUUCAGUACCUGUUCAUUGAAAACAACGACAUCCAGGCGCUUUCAAAGUUCACCUUCAGAGGUCUCAAGUCCCUGACCCAUCUGUCGCUCUCGAACAAUAACCUGCAGCAGCUGCCGAGAGAUCUCUUCAAACAUCUGGACAUCCUCACGGAUUUAGACCUGCGCGGGAACUCCUUCCGCUGUGACUGUAAGAUCAAGUGGCUGGUGGACUGGAUGGAGAAGACCAACACCUCCGUCCCCACCAUCUACUGCGCCAGUCCCUUUGAGUUCCAGGGACGCAGGAUCCACGAGCUGGCGCCGCGAGACUUCAACUGCAUCAGUGCAGAUUUUGCUGUGUAUGAAACCUUCCCGUUCCACUCCGUGUCAGUGGAGUCCUAUGAAUUCAACGGAGAUCAGUUUGUUGCCUUUGCUCAGCCGGACUCAGGUUUCUGCACCCUGUACGUGUGGGACCACGUAGAGAUGGUCUUCCGGAGGUUUCACAACAUUACUUCCCGUUCGGCCGUGUACUGCAAACCGGUGGUGAUAAACAACACACUCUACAUGGUUGUGGCUCAGCUCUUUGGUGGAUCUCAUAUUUACAAAUGGGAAGAAGACCCCCAACGUUUUGUAAAGAUCCAGGACAUAGACACCACUCGAGUGAGAAAGCCUAACUUCGUGGAGACCUUCCAGCUGGAUGGGGAGUGGUACUUCGUAGUAGCCGACAGCUCCAAGGCUGGCUCCACCAGCAUUUACCGCUGGAACAGCAACGGCUUUUACUCGCACCAGUCCCUGCAUCCCUGGCACCGGGACACGCACGUGGAGUUCAUCGACGUUGUGGGGAAGCCUCACCUGAUCCUCUCCAGCGCCUCUCAGCCGCCGGUGGUCUACCAGUGGAACCGCAGCCAGAAGCAGUUCACCUUCUCCUCGCAGAUCACAGAGCUGGCCGACGUGCAGAUGGUGAAGCACUUCUGGGUGAGGAAGGCUCUUUACCUCUGCCUCACGCGCUUCAUCGGCGAUUCCAAGAUCCUCCGCUGGGAGGGCCAGCGCUUCGUGGAGAUCCAGACGCUCCCCUCCCGGGGCUCCAUGGCCGUGUACCCUUUCACAGUGGGCCUGCGCCAGUACCUCAUCCUGGGAAGCGAUUUCUCCUUCUCCAGGGUUUACCUCUGGGACGACCUCACUCAGCGCCUGCAGCCCUUCCAGGAGCUCAACACCAGGGCCCCGAGAGCCUUCAGCUUGGUGUCCGUCGACAACAAGGACAUUCUGCUGGCCGCGAGCUUCAAGGGCAACACCCUGGCCUAUCAGCACCUGGUGGUGGAUCUCAGUGCCAAGUAGUCACAUCGGACGGAGGGAGGCGGUCUCUGCACGUGCCAAAUGAGUGAAGACUGCAAGAUGCUCAGCAACUUAACUAGAUCUGUUGAUCGUACAUAAAUAAAUCAUUAAUAUAUUUUUAUGCACUGUCCCUUAACAUCUGAAAUUAAUUAGGUGAUAAUACACAGCGUUAGUAACAUGCCAACCGAGUCACCAAAAUAUAUGUCUCCACUUAAGCCAGUUAUGAUUUGAAUGUAUUAUACUGUAUAUUGUACUUUACUAAAAUGCUGUGCAUGUGAAUCUACUGAAUAUUUUGUGGACGAAUUAACAGUGUAAAACCUAGUUACACAAGUUACACAGUGCCAUUAAUCUAAAUAGUAUUUUGCAUGAGACUAUAUGUAACUAAUAACUGUGUAAAAUGAGCAAUAUUUUGCACUGCAAUACUUUACAUUUUUUAUUGUUUUGCCUUUCUAUAUAUGAGACACUUUAAAUCUGUGUUGGAUGUUGGUUGUUCUUGCAGUAACAACGGUGUCACGUCUGUGCUGACCUGAGACGUGAGCAAACUAAACAAAACUCCACAGAAUGACUUGAUAAUGUGAACCUGCUUUGUUUAUUUUCUAGUUUUUGAGGUAUAUUCCUGGAUGUUCUAGUUUGUUUGUUUUUUUGGAUUGUGCCAAAUUCCAAAUGUCACCACGACUGAAAGAGGUGAAAAUAUCAGAGGAAUGUAUCUCUAGGUAAAACUGUUCUGAUGCAAUUCUAUAUUUUUAUGUACAGUCACAAACUGUAUUUAAUGGUUGAUGUAUAGAUUUGCACAAGGAAUGGUGGAUGGGAGGGAGUAUACAGUAAUUAAAUCCUGCGUAUAGCCCCAA